GAGGAUUGAUAGAUGCAGUUUCUGUGCCUAAAAUAGAUCAAUUAAAGAAUGAUUUGGUUGACGUUGCAUCUGAAUGUACACUUUGUGGUGAUGAUGAUCUGAUGAUUAAAAUAGUUGAACAAACUUUUAUUAAUGACAAAGAAG